AAUAUAGUCGAGCCACGUAACCAGUAGAGUCGUAGAUGACUGCGCUGGAUCACCAGUUCACUUUUGAUCACAUUGUGACAUCAUCGCGUCAAGAACACCUAUUAUAGACGAGCAGUAAGAUGGACGUUUUUUUCUUGUGGCUUGGUACAUUUGUACUGGGAUUUUGGAUAUUCAACAAAAUAAACCAAUGGAAAAAUCUACCACCUGGACCCUGGGUAUUUCCUAUAAUCGGAUACCUGCCAUACUUGGACCGCCAGCAUCCUCAUUUAACGUUAACAAAACUCUCUCAACAAUAUGGGCCUAUAUACGGAAUAAGCAUGGGCAGCAUCUAUAGCGUUGUUCUUUCUGAUCAUAAAUUAAUAAGAGAAGCUUUUUCUAAAGAUGUAUUUUCCGGACGUGCGCCAUUAUACUUAACACACGGAAUAAUGAAAGGAAACGGAAUUAUAUGCGCUGAAGGAGCACUUUGGAAGGAUCAACGAAAACUAAUAACAUCAUGGCUUAAAAGUUUCGGAAUGAGCAAACACAGCAUAGCUCGUGACCAACUGGAGAACCGAAUUGCUAUUGGAGUUCACGAACUAUUACAAGACAUUAGAGAAGCUUCUGGAUCACCAGUUUCACUGUCUAAUAUGAUCACACACUCAGUUGGGAAUGUUGUGAAUGACAUAGUAUUUGGGUUUAAAUUUCCACCGGAAGAUAAGACAUGGCGUUGGUUUAGAAAAAUACAAGAAGAAGGUUGUCAUGAGAUGGGUGUGGCCGGUGUUGUAAAUUUUUUGCCAUUUGUUCGAUUUAUAUAUCCGUCUAUUCAAAAUACCAUUAAAGUACUUGUGCGCGGACAAGCACAAACGCACAGGCUUUACGCUAGUAUAAUAUCUAGACGCCGACAAAUGUUAGGACUACAAGUACCUGAAAAGGCUAAGUACUCUGAACAUGCAAAUUUAUUUAAUGAACAUCCAGAAGGUUUUAUUAAAUGUAUUAAAUACAGCAAUCUCGCGUCGAACACUGAAGUUCAUUAUUUUGACCCAAAAGUACUUAUUGCUUCAAAAGACGAAUGCAUUCUAGAUAACUACUUAAUGGAACAGAAGAGACGUUACGACAAUGGCGAAGCAAUUGCAUGUUUUAUGACUGAUGAACAGAUGCAUUUUCUUUUAGCAGAUAUGUUCGGAGCUGGUCUUGACACAACAUCGACUACUCUUUCGUGGUAUUUAUUAUACAUGGCAUUAUAUCAAGAGGAACAAGAGCGUGUCCGAAAAGAAAUUAUUACUGUUUAUCCAGAAGAUUGCCAAGUAGAUAGUUCAAAAUUAACAUACCUUAUGGCUACGGUUUGUGAAACCCAACGAAUACGUUCAAUUGUGCCUGUGGGUAUUCCUCAUGGAUGCUUACAUGAUACUUAUUUAGGAGGGUAUCGAAUACCAAAAGGAACUAUGGUGGUACCUCUUCAAUGGGCUAUUCAUAUGGAUCCUAAUGUUUGGGAGAGUCCUUACGAUUUUAGACCGAGUAGAUGGAUUGAUGAAGAAGGCAAUUUAUUGAAGCCUCCUGAAUUCAUACCUUUUCAAACUGGUAAGCGCAUGUGUCCAGGAGAUGAGCUCUCUCGUAUGAUAUCAGUCGGACUAAUAGCACGGCUCUUUCGUUCAUUUCGAAUAUCUUUGGCCUCUAAACCUCCAACAGACGGUGAAAUGCAAGGAAAAGUUGGUGUUACUUUGUCAGCUCCCGAAGUUUUAUUUAGUUGUGAAGCUCUGUAAUAACUUUCUAGCAAUUGUAUAAUAUAUUUUUUUUUAUCUUGAAAUAAAUUUUCAUACUUGUUAUAUUCAA